UGCAACUUUCCCUCUCAUUAUAUAUAGAAGAAAGUCCUCCUUCAUCAUUCAUACUUUUAUAUACACGGUAUCCCGGUCAUAACGGUUUUUCUUCAGUUAAUGCAAAGGAUGGAGAUUCGCCUGGUUGUUCCCGGAACGUCUCGCAUAAUCUGAAUAAUCGGUGAAUCUAAAUAAAAUUUACGGCUGACGAAGACGGACUCCCUCCCCCCUCAAUAUUCAGGGAGGGCGGGGAGGGUGCGAAAUGCAUUAACGGAUGCUGUUGCACGCUCAUCGGUGGUAUCCAGCCUUCGUGGCCCGCCUCUCUACAUAUGUAUACGUAUGUGCGCAUACGCUGAUGAUAGUGUUGCAGAGCAAGUGGGCAACACGGGCCCCGCUACGGGACCCACUAGUGGGGCCCAACGAGGGAGAGGGAGAGAGAGGGGGGGACGUGGCGUAGAAGGAGCAAACAGCCGGGCAGGCAUCAGCAGCAGUGCCGGCCCCGCUUUGGGUCCAACGGGGGGACCCGAGGUCACAUUCCAAGAUGGCUGUGCCUGAGGAAUGCAGUGGGUGCCCCCCUAAGACGCCUGCCUCCCUUCUUUUUUAUUAAUCGGCUCCAUUUGCCUCGUUCUAGGGAAAAGAAAGCCUCCUUUAUUAGCGCUCCUAGUACAGUGAUACAAUGUAACGGGCCAAGUGCUAGUCUGCGAGAUACAGAUACAACGGGAACGUCGAGGGAAGGCGCCAAGAUCCUAUCGCAAGGCGGAGAGAGAGAGAGAGAGAGAGGGUCGCACGUUGAAAAUCCGGGGCUUGUUUUUCAUAGCAGCUCGCUGUGUCGUAGAUGAUGCUCAUGCCAGAGGAUGCUACUAGCUCGUCUUAAGCAAUGUCUCAUAGGGAUAUCUCUGAGGUGGAUCCCGAAGGUACGUCGGCCUUGGCCGCUGGAUCCAGGGCACUAUUCCUAGAAACAGUGCGCAGGAGUAAUGCGGCAUGCCAGAAUGGAGAUUACGCUCUUGCUGCAACAUUGUAUACAGAAGCUCUCGCCUUGGAUCCCCUCAGUCAUGUAUUAUACUCAAACAGAUCAGCUGCAAGGCUCAAAAUGGGAUUAUUUGCAGCCGCAUUGCAGGACGCUGUCAAAGCUACCGAACUGAACCCACAAUGGCCAAAGGCGUACUACCGACAAGGAGUAGCUCUGCAAUGCCUAGGACGUCACGGAGAGGCACUCGUUGCCUUCAGCACGGGAUUAGCUCAUGACGCGUCUAAUCAUCAGUUAUUAUCUGGCUUAGUAGAAGCAUCUCUAAAGUCUCCGUUAAGACCGACUUUAGAACCGACAUUUCAACAACUGCGAGCGAUGAAACUCGAUGAAUCCCCGUUCGUCGUCAUAUCGGUGGUCGGCCAAGAGUUACUUGGAGCUGGACAAUACAGGGCAGCUGCUGGUGUGCUCGAGGCUGCUCUCACAAUCGGUUCGUGUAGCUUGAAACUGAGGGGAUCCGUAUUCUCCGCUCUAUCUAGCGCGUACUGGGCGUUGAACUCUUUGGACAAGGCGAUAAAUUACAUGCAACAAGAUUUGGGAGUGGCACGCUCUUUAGGAGACACGCAAGGCGAAUGCAGAGCUCACGGAAAUCUGGGUUCCGCUUAUUUCAGCAAGGGUAGCUUCAAGGAAGCCUUAACAGCUCAUAGGUACCAACUUGUUCUGGCUAUGAAAUGCAAGGAUACUCAGGCGGCGGCUUCGGCCUUGACCAGUCUAGGACAUGUGUACACGGCGAUCGGCGAUUUGCCGAACGCUCUAGCAUCCCACAAGCAGUGCGUACAAUUGGUGAAACAGAUGGGUGAUCGACUGCAAGAAGCUCGUGAGAUUGGCAAUGUUGGAGCGGUCUACUUGGCGAUGGGUGAAUUCGAAAGCGCUGUUGAUUGUCACACGCAGCAUUUGAGGAUAGCUAGACGGCUGGGCGAUCGUGUGGAGGAAGCAAGAGCUUUCAGUAAUUUAGGAUCGUCUCAUCAUUAUCGUAGAAAUUUCGGACAAGCGAUGACUUAUCACGAAAACGUUCUGAGAAUAGCGCAGGAACUCGGCGACAGGGCUAUAGAGACCAGAGCAUAUGCGGGAUUGGGUCAUGCUGCCAGAUGUGCAGGUGAUCUGGGACAAGCCAAGCUUUGGCAUCAGAGACAACUCGACGUUGCGUUGGUUACAAAGGACAAGGUGGCUGAAGGACGAGCCUGCAGCAAUCUGGGUAUAGUGUAUCAAUUGCUUGGCGAGCAUGAUGCUGCCUUAAAAUUACAUCAGGCACACUUGGGAAUCGCGAGAUCAUUAGGAGACAAAGCCGGCAUGGGUAGAGCCUAUGGUAAUAUCGGCAACGCUUAUAACGCUUUAGGUUACUAUGAACAAGCUAUCAAGUACCAUAAGCAAGAAUUGACGAUAAGCAAAGAGGUUAAUGAUCGUAGCUCGGAAGCUAGCACACACGGAAAUUUGGCGGUCGCGUAUCAAGCUGUGCAAGGUCACGAGGCGGCAUUAAGACAUUACCGAGCUCACUUGGCCAUAGCGCGGGAACUGAAGGACACGGCUGGUGAGGCGUGCGCAUUGUUAAAUCUCGCCAAUUGUCUUUCUUCGCGCGGCAAAUUCGAGGAGGCAGUGCCGUACUACGAGCAUUAUCUUAUGCUGUCGCAAGAGUUGCACGAUGUGGAGGGGGAAGCUAAAGCGUGCCACUUUCUGGGAUACGCUCACUAUUGCCUGGGAAAUCAUCGAGAAGCAGUGAGAUAUUAUGAUCAGGAUUUAGCGCUAGCGAAGGACCUGCAGGAUAAAUCUGGAAUGGGAAGAGCUUACUGUAACUUGGGAUUGGCUCACUUGGCCCUGGAAAACCUAGACACUGCUCUGGAAUGUCAGAAAUAUUAUUUGGCGAUCGCGCACAUGACCAAACAUCUGGCCGGCAAGUUCCGCGCUCUGGGAAAUAUGGGUGAUUGCUUACUGCGCAUGGGAGAAGUCGAGGAAGCUAUCAAGAUGCAUCAACGUCAACUCAACUUGGCACGUCAAGCCGCCGAUCGCGGCUUGGAAGCGGCCGCUUAUGGCGCAUUGGGAAUCGCUCAUCGAGCUACGAAGAACCUGGACAAGGCGCUCGGUUUUCACACGCAAGAAUUAACUCUGAGGCAAGAGGCCGGCGACUUGCGCGGCGAAUGCAGAGCACAUGGCAAUCUGGGCGCAGUGCACAUGGCACUGGGGCAGUACACUCACGCUGUUAAAUGUUAUCAAGAACAGUUGGAGAGAGCAAAGGAACUAGCAGACUCCGGAGUCGAAGCUCAAGCAUUAGGAAAUUUAGGUAUAGCUAGACUUAAUAUGGCGCACUACGAGGAUGCCAUUGGUUACUUCGAACAGCAAUUGGCAACUUUGGAGCCACUAACUACUGGCACGGCUUUGCUCGACAAAACUCGAGCACUUGGAAACUUGGGAGAUUGUUACGAGGCCUUGGGUGAUCUCGAAGAAGCUAUCAAAUGCCACGAGCAACAACUGACAGCCGCAACAAAAUUGAAAAGCAUAAGGGAUCAGGAGAGAGCGUAUAGAGGAUUGGGAAGAGCUCGCGAGGCUACCGGGAAUUUACCGGAAGCUUUGGUUUGUUUCGAAAAGAGAUUAGUGGCCGCUCACGAAGUGGACAGUCCUGAAGCGAGAGGUGCUGCUUACGGGGAUCUAGGCAGAGUACAUGCCGCGUUGGGUAAUCAUGAGCAAGCCGUCAGUUGUUUGUCCCAUCAAUUAGCCCUUGCUCGAGGAUUGGGUGAUAAAGCUGCCGAGGCCGAAGCCGCCAGCGGUUUAGGAGCGGUACAUCUUUUGAUGGACGAUCCAAAUUCUGCGUUACGUCAUCAUCAAUUAGAACUAUCGAUCGCCGAAGGUCUAGACGCCGCCGGAUUGCAAGCUCGCGCUUGUGCCAAUUUGGGAGUGACUCAGGAGACUUUAGGGCAGUACGAAGAAGCUAUAAGGUUGCAGGAACAAUCGUUGAGUCUGGCGGCCGCGGCGGGGGAUCAACCUGCUCGAGCAGUGGCUUUCACGAAUUUGGGGCGACUUCAUCAUCUAUGCGGGGAUCUGCCUCGCGCUCUAAGUUACCUGCAGUCCGGUUUAUCUCUGUCCGAGGGCUUGGGCAGAAGAGAGGAAGUCGCAAGACUGCGACAUAGACUUGGUCUCGUACACUGGGAAGCCGGAGAAGCGAGCAUUUCCGUGGAACACUUGGAGAAGGCCGCGAAUUUGUUAGAAUCAUUAGACGGAACUUCAGUGUCCCUUACUUGCGGGCAACUCAGUCGAAGCGAGUUACUAUCAGAGACGUACAGAAUGUUGCAAAAAGUACUCAUUAGCCUGAAUCGAGCAGAAGAGGCUUUGAAUUGGGCGGAAAGGUCCAGACGUUCUAAAAGUAAUUCUCUAGACGAUGCGGCUCAUUAUUCAGAGAUUAUUGAUCGACAGCGCGGAGUUAUUUUAUAUUAUAGCGAGGUAGGAUGUGAACUACACGCAUGGUGUUUAGCACCAGGACGCGGACUAUUACGAUUCCAUUCCGCAACCUUGGAUGACGGAGUAGGUUUAGAGAAAAGAGUCCUUCAAGCGCGCGAAGCGCUCCUAGACGAGAACAACGAACUCAUCGAGGAAUCUACCAAGAUCCCAUCGAGAGGUCAUCACUUGAACGCCAGUUCUUAUAGUUUGAGUAGUCUCUUCAGUGUCGGCUCCGUAAGCUCUCGCGCUGGAAGCGCACGCUGGGGACGAGGGGCGAAAGGACCUACAUGGCAAGCGCCGUUGCCGAUACAAGUGCUUUAUGAUCUUCUUCUUGCUCCGUUCGAGGAUCUAUUACCGCCACCGCGAAAGGAGCUAAUCAUGGUGGUCGAAAAAUCACUUUACCUGGCGCCAUUCCCAGCCUUGCAGUCCAAUCCGGGCGAAGAUUAUCUAUGCGAGAGAUUUUCGUUGCUGGUAGUACCAUCUCUCGCAGCUCUUAGAAAGAGAUCUAAGACACCUGUAUUGGAAGGUGGUGCUACUGUGGCUGCGCUGGUCGUUGGAAAUCCCGUUUUACCGGAGGACAUUCGAGAGGAAUACGGUUGGCCAGAGAGCGUCGCUUCUACCGAAACUGAAUCAGAGAUAGUCGCCGAAUUGUUGGAAGCUCGUGCGAUGACCGGACUCGAAGCUACCAAGUCGGCGGUGCUGCGGUCUCUACCGGAUGCGGAGUGCGUUCAUUUGACAGUACCGGUCUUUUGGAACACCGGCAGUUUGGCGUUUUCACCCGAUCAGUGCGAAGAGCCAUCUGAGAGACCGGAAUAUCUUAUAAGUCAGGCAGAUUUACACAGAUUGAAAAUGUCCGCUCGUCUAGUGGUCGUGUCCAGAGGUCACGGUUGGAAUAACGUAGAGUCCACGAACGCUACAUCAGAUGGUAUACAAAAUCUCGCCAAGACUCUGUUAAACGCUGGUGCGCAAUGCGUGCUGAUAGGAAUGUGGGCGGUACCGCCAACUGCCGGCAGUAUCCUUCUGCGAGCUUUCUAUAGCGCGAUGCUGCAAGGCGCGAGAGCAUCGCGUGCAUUGGCCGAGGCAAUGCAGACUGUCCAGCACACUAGACAUUUCGCUCAUCCCGCUAACUGGGCCGGUUGGCUACUCAUCGGCGGAGACGCGAGAUUAUCCAACAAGGUCGCACUUAUGGGCCAGGCAUUAGCAGAAUUGCUGCGCGGUGGUCCCGAACAUAGUAGAGAUGCGCUGCGAGUGACACUUCAUCUGGUGGAGAAAUCGCUGCAGAGAAUUCAUCGUGGACAGAAGAACGCAAUGUAUACGACUCAGCGCAGUAUUGAGAAUAAAGUAGGCGCGGCUACCGGUUGGCGAGAAUUACUGAUGUCCGUAGGGUUUAGAUUCGAGCCGGCUGGCAACGGAAUACCGUCCUCUGUAUUCUUCCCGCAAAGUGAUCCCGAGGAAAGACUGACGAGAUGCAGCGCCAGCUUGCAAGCUCUAUUGGGAUUGGGUCAAUCGUCGUUGCAUGCUUUAGCCAGGCUCUUACAGGCACCUGAAGCUGCAGAAGAUGUUAUUGCUGCCAUGAGAAGAGCUAGUUGUGCUACAGAAGGACAAGAAGUUAUUUUGCCUGUAUACGUUUGGAGAGCAUCGGGAUCGCAUGAAUUGUUUGCUAGCUUAGGCUUCGAUUUAAUGGAAGUUGGACAAUCAGAAGUGACAUUAAGAACAGGCAAACAAGCCUCGCGCAGAGCCGUUCAGUUUGCUCUACAAGCUCUCCUUGCAUUGUUCGAUACCCAGGAAGCACCGAAAAGUCUUAGCUUAGAUUCGAGCAGUUCAAUGGAAAGUUUAGCUUCCGUAGCCCAUAGCACCGAGAAAAACCUCGAACGACCUCGACUAGGAGGAGCAUUCACAAGUUACGUACGACAUCGUGGCGAACCAGAUGGAAAAACCAUGGAACCCCCGAAUGUUCUGAUACCACCGUCGCGACAAUCGUGUCCAAAUGGUGGAGGCGAAUCAGACGUAGCAUUCACACCAAGUCCUCCCGUGGCGCUCAACUUGACUCAUCAAACGAGAAUCCGGAAUCUUUAUACCGAUCAGAAUCCAGUAAGACCCGGCUCGAGUUCGAGCAGUUCGGUGACAGAUUGGGACAACGGCCACGCCACUGUAUUGAGACGUCAGCCGUUGCCGCCGCUGCCAGCCACGAUGCUAGAAAGAUUGAGUGUGAGAACGGAAGUCGGGGCAUCGAAUACAUCACGGAAGCCACGGCACUCCAGCGAGGAUAUCUGCAACCCGCAGACUGAUGCAACGCAGUCUACGGAGACGCAUCCUCAAAAUUUGCGGAACCUGGCUACCUCCCUGACGAGUCUGACGCGCGAACUCACGCCCACGAUCUCCGAGGUGUAUCACGAGCGAAAUCUGGGAUUAGGUCUGGCACCGUCCUUGUCCAAGUUGCUGGAGGAGGUAGGCACCGUGCCCACUGAGAAUGAGGAGUCGCAAUCCGUUGCGAAAGCGAUGGGCCAUAAUCAGACGCAGAACUGGAUCCAGAAUGAGCCGGAGCUUUGUCGGAGGGAUGAGGCAGACGGUAGAUCUAUUGCCGAGUCGCAAUGCAGCGCUGCCAGCUCGAAUAAAAUACCUCGGAAGGCUCCCGCGCCACCGGUAUAGAUUAUUUAUAUUUAUAAAAAGAAGAAUUAAAACGUAAUUGUUGCAGAAAGAUUAUAGUACUGGGUACCAAAGAAGAGGAGACACACGCACGCGUCGGAAAAUCAAUUGCUGCCGGUGGCAGUGAACGAUCGACGAGAAGCGUAUUAUCUUGCAUUUGCCAUUUCUUCAUAUUCAAAAACACUUUGUAGAAAAAUACACUGGCCAUCUCAUAAAUGCCUUAAUAUACGUUAGAUGCAUUUCUGCUUUUCGUACAUGUUGAACCUCGCGGAAUAAUAUGAUCUAAAAUAUCUAGCACGUACGAAUUAAUUUCGCUGAUAAGCGAUAAUAUAUGCUCAAGUAUAAUUUUAAUUGUAAUCCGUCCAUCCGUUUAUAAGUAUUAACGUUUUGAAUUAUUAUUUAGGACAAAAGAUGAUCGUAUAUGGAGCUUGUAUGUUGAUCAGUUGAAAGAAUCCACUUACAAUUACAUAUUUGUUUUCAACAUAUGUGAUCGAUACGGUCUAUAAUGGCUCUAGCUGCACCAGCAUCCAAACUCUAAUGUGAUUAUUGUGUUUCUUACAAUAUUAUGUAUCGUAAUUGAUCGCGAUAGUCAACUUAGAUCGAUAUCCUAUGUACUUACAACAAUAAUUUAUCUAUAUUUGUAUCUUGAAAUAUACACAUGUACUAUAUUAAUCUUAGAGAGAAAUUUAAGGUACAAGAACUUUUUUUAUUAAAGGUCAUCAAGAGGAAAAUAUAUUUUGGAAUAUCUUAUUCAAGAGAAUAUUAAUUUGAAAUUCUAUUUCUUGCAAAGCAAGAGAUAAAAAUCAUGUAAUAUUAAUUUGCUUCAUAUACAGGGUGUCCCAAAAGUCCCAGACCGGUCGAAUAUUUCAUAAACUAUACACUUUAGAAAAAAAUGUUUUAGACAAAAGUUGUAUGGCUUGAAGGGAGCCAGUCAGAUAGUGG